CCAUCUCAAUCAUUCAAUCACAAUUACGCUUUUCUACUUAUUUUUUGUUCACUAAAACUGUUGAAAUUUUUGCCAUUAUGUUCAAUUACAUAUCGAUUAUCGUGACUUUAGGUCUUCUUGCGUUAACCACAGCCAAACCAUACACAGCAGUGGGAACUUCUCAGGUUGAUGUUAGAAACAAUUACAACACUGCAUCGGGAUAUUCAACUUCGCUAGGAUAUGCUUCACCCCUUGGAUCAAGAAUUGUUGCCUCAAGUUCGCCUUUUGGCUAUUCAGCUCCACUGGCCAGAUAUAGUCCAUCAAUGUUAGCUGGACCAUUUGCAUAUGGAUCUCCAUCUGCAGCAGCUCGAUAUGAAUCCGCUAUUCUGGGAGCAGGCUAUGCAUCUCCAUACGCCCAAUAUGCGUCUCCAUAUGUCCAACAAAUAUCACCAUUCGCUGCUAACUUCGUUUCACCCUACUCAACAGCUUAUGGAUCUCCAUCAUAUGCGUUUGGUGCAUCCGGAUCUGCUCAAAUUUUACUAUAGGGAUCUAAAUUAUUAUUAAGUUAAGUUAAUUUAUUAAAAUAUGUAAUAUAAAAUAAGAAUGAUACCAAAACUGUAUUAUAGACGAAACAAUUAAAUUAUUGAUUUUAUUUUAUUUUAUUUUAUUUAACCUACAAAAAGUAUUCUUAGGUCUUUGACUAAAAUUUAAAUGUACUUCAGUUAAUUUUGUAUGAAGUGUCCAAAUAUUAGUAAUAUCUUUUUAUUGAUGUAAUAAAUUAAUCCACUCCUAAAUCACAUCUUAAACAAAAGAAAGUUUGCAAAAAAUAACACUAAAUGAAAACAUUUAAAAAAUAAUAAUAAUAAAACAAAUUAACUGCAUUUUGUUAAGAUAAAAUUUACAUUUUUUGACUACUGUAUUAAAAAUUGCAAAUCAUAUGGUAUAAAUAUUUUAAUUAAAUAAGUUAUGUAUAUCUAUAAAUUAUAGCGAGAAAUAAGCUUGGAAUUUCAAUUCCCAUGAAUGAAACGAAAGAUACGAACCGAAUUAAUUAAUUAAUUAAUUAAUUUAAUUUAAUUUAUUUAAACACGACACAAUGGCUAAUAAUAUACAAUAUAAAUAUUCAAUAUUCAUAUGUAAAUAUAUAACAACAAUGAAGUCAUGUUAUUAAUUUGUCUUAGUUAUUUAUUCUAUCGUAUUUUAAAUAUAUUAUCUUAAACAUAAGGUUGACAUAACAUAUUCCAAAAAUGAAAGCAAACUAAAGUCGAGGAAUAAAAAAGCAGACCACGGAAAUUGAAAGUUAAGGUAUAGGCUUUUAAAAUCUUUAUCUUAAAUCAAAAUCACAGAAAACCUUAAUAAUAAUGUAAAUGAGGGUUGUUUAUUUUUAAUGUAUACUUAAAGAAGUUUCUUUCUUAAAGAAGUUAGGUUUUUUAAGGACAAUUUUAAAAGCCUGUAUUUACAUUUUUUAAUAUAAUUUGCUCAUAAAAUCCUACAAAGAAACCUUGAACUGAAAAAACUUGAUCUUUUUUUCUCGA